AUGACGUUCACUCCCCAGACAACAUCCCAACCGGCCGCCUCACUCAUAAACCUGGCCGACGGCCUCUCCCCCGACUCGAUCGACACGCUCCCCGUCCUCAGUCAAAUCCUCUCGCGCCUCCAAACACCCUCAAGCACCUCAGGCGCAUCCACCGCCGGCUCACCGCCAGCAGCGUCGCCCUCACAGAUCACCUCUAGCACUGGGCCGCUCGGUAUCAAAGACAUUCCUGCAGCAACAGACGGCAUUAAGCAUAAGCUACAGAAGGCGAGGGGACUGGUGAAGGAGUUGCCGGAUAUGGAGAGGAGUGUCAAGGAGCAAGAGGAAGAGAUGAUGGCGUUAGAGGAGAGAAUAGGGAAGCAAAGGAAGAUACUCGAACAGCUGAGAGAAGCCGGGUUGGACAUCAAGAGAGAGAGGGAGGUGAGGGAAAACCAUAGGACUGCAGAUGCUAUGGAGGCCUGA